AUGGUAACGGCCGAAAUGGAAAGUGAAGAAAGGAUGAAAUUUACCGCCUUGUAUUUGGAUGUCAAGGCCAAAUUGACUCGACAGAUGAAUUCCAUCCGUAGAUUGGAAUCAAAUCCCCGGUCUUCGACUGUGCGCCAAUUUUCUGUUGAUGGAGGUCCAUUUUCUGAAAAUUCAUCCUCGACACGCAAAACACGCUUACCAGAGAUCCAGUUGCCAAAGUUUGGUGGAGCUUAUGCUGAUUGGCCGAAUUUCUUUUCACUGUUCUCAACAAUUGUCGACAGCAGCGCAGAACUAAGUGACCUGGAAAAAUUCCAUCAUCUGCGCUCAAGCUUAACAGGUGCCGCCUUGGACACAAUUUCAUCGUUGGAGCUAAACGAAAGAAAUUAUAUGGAAGCGGUAAAAUUGUUGAAGAAUCGUUUUGAUAAUAAAUUGUUAAAUUUUCAGACCCAUAUAAAGGCCAUUUUUUCGCUGAAAGCUGUGGAAGUUUCCCCAGCCAUUGGUUUGCGCCAGCUUAGUGACAAAUUUAAUUCGCACCUGCGAGCCAUGCAGACGAUUGCCAGUAGAGACCAAAUUGCAGAUGGGCUCUUAGUAUAUUUAGCUGCCACUAAAAUGAAUAGAGAUUCCCAAAUUAAGUGGGAGGAGAGUCUGGCUGUGAAUGAAUUGCCGUCGUGGCAGUCCAUGUCAAGUUUUUUAGAGCAAAGAUGUCGUAUGCUGGAGAACUUGGAGAAUUCCGUGGUUUGUGCCGGCUCUAUUCAGCAAAACAACAAAAAGCAAUCAUUUAAAAAUCGCCACGUACAUGUGGCCUCUGGAAGCUCUUCUCCUUUGUGUGCUUUUUGUGAUUCAAUGGACCACUACAUUGUCAAUUGUCCACCUUUCAGCAAUCUCUCCCCAUCUCUUCGUUUCAAAGAGGCAAAGCGUUUGAAAUUGUGCCUCAAUUGUCUUCGGAAGGGCCAUGUGUUAAAAAAGUGCAAUUCGGGCUCUUGCAGGCAAUGCUCUUCAAAACACCACACAAUGUUGCAUAUGGACCAAACGCCGUCAGCCCAGCCAUCUGUUGUAGUGGAACCAUCUAUAUCCCAAUCAGUUCUUGUUUCGUCAGCUGAUUCAUCUGGAAGGUCAGCAACCACGGGUGGAACCGUCCUGUUGGCAACAGCUAUUGUCCUCGCCAAAAACAAGUUUGGGAAUUUUGUGCCGUGUCGAGCAAUUUUGGAUUCUGCAUCCCAGUUGAACAUGAUUGCAAAUCGUUUUGCAAAGACUCUUGGCUUAAAUUGUAAUCGAGUCUCAGCCACAGUUUACGGCAUAGGUGAUGGAAGUAUGCUGGUUGAAAAAUCUGUUGAUUUGGUUGUGAAAUCAUGCCAUAGUGAUUUCACCACUUCGUUCGCUGCCAUGGUGGUACCAAGCAUCACUGACUACAAGCCAAAAAUAAAUCUCGAUGCCUCCAACUGGAAUAUGCCCAAGAACAUUCAAUUAGCAGACCCUGCAUUUAACAAGCCGGAUCAUAUCGACAUGUUAAUUGGUGCCGAAUUGUUUUUCAAUCUGAUGUCAGUGGGGCAAAUAAAAAUUGGUGUCAACCUCCCUGUUUUACAAAAAACAUUAUUCGGCUGGGUCGUAGCAGGUGGUAGUUUUCAGCCAUGUAAAUCCUGGUCACUUGCUGUGUCGUAUUCCGAGCUUGAGGAAGAAGAAGAGAAGCUUUCAACCGUCGUCAAAUCCUUUUGGGAAAUCGAGACCAACUUUGUUUAUGAUGAAUCCAGAUCUGACAAUGAACUCUACUGCGAAAAUCAUUUUCUAACCAACUUCGUUCGUUUGCCUUCUGGGUCAUAUUCUGUUCGGCUGCCGCAAAUCGAAGGCAGGGGUGUCUCAUCACUUGGUGGUUCAUAUCAGCGUGCAUUACAACGUCUAAUGUCUUUGGAAAGAAAGUUUCGUCGGAGUCCAGAAAUAAAGGCUCAAUAUACAACUUUUAUGCGUGAGUAUGCCACAUUAAGCCAUAUGUCGUUAAUCUCGCCACAGGUACCCGAAUCGAAGUACUACUUGCCACACCACUGUGUCCACAAGUUGGACAGCACAUCGACCAAACUUAGAGUGGUUUUUGAUGGAUCGGCAAAAACCGCAACUGGGCUAUCAUUAAACGAUAUUUUGCAUUCCGGCCCUACCAUACAACCAAAGCUGUUCAAUACCUUGGUGAGGUACAGGUUCUUUAAGGUGGCCCUUAGUGGAGACAUUUGUAAAAUGUACAGGUGCGUUCGAGUGUCACACCCUGACGAUUACCUCCAAUGCAUUCUGUGGCGAGAGAACGAGGCGGAUGAUAUCAAAACCUAUAAACUGAACACAGUCACCUAUGGUACAAAACCCGCUGCAUUCCUGGCUAUCCGUGCAAUGCAUCAACUUGCAAUCGAUGAAGAAGAGAACUUUCCACUGGGUUCCAAAGUGGUUCGACGUGACUUCUACGUAGAUGACAUGCUUUCUGGUGGCAAUACCAUAGCAGAGGUCGAAGAGAUAAGGCAUCAAGUAACAGCUUUGCUUAAAAAGGGCGAAUUCUUGAUUCGCAAGUGGUGCUCCAAUGAUCCAGAUGCCCUACGGGAUGUUCCUGCAGAAGACUGUGAAACAUUGUUAAAAUUUCAUGACGGUACAGAUGUCACCAAAACUCUUGGGCUCACUUGGGAUCCCCAGAGUGAUAAUUUCAUUUUCUCUUUUACCCCCAUUGAUGACUGGAAGGUGGUGACAAAGCGGUCCAUUUUAUCUUCGAUUGCCCGCCUUUACGAUCCAUUGGGUUUGAUUGGUCCAGUCAUUACAAAGGCAAAAAUGUUUAUGCAGCAUCUGUGGAAACUCAAUCUUCAAUGGGAUGAAAGCUUGCCUCAAUCACUACAUUCAUUGUGGAUUGAAUAUAUUUCGAAAUUCGAUCUGAUGCACCGUUUCACAUUUCCACGGCAUGUUUCAAUGGCGUCGGCAUCAUUGCAGAUUCAUGGUUUCUGCGAUGCCAGCUUGGCUGCUUACGGCGCAUGUGUCUAUCUUGUACAUUUUUCUGAGGAAUACAAGGCGUUGAAAUCAGAUAAGGAAAUUGCAUCGUCUAGCAAGUUGUAUUCGUUGGCACCUAUUAUUGAUGAGUUUGGGUUAAUUCGAGUUGGUGGGCGUCUCCAAAACUCAACCCUGGACUUUGAUGCUCGUCACCCCAUUAUUCUGCCCAAAAAGCAUCCGUUUACUGCAUCAAUGGCAACCCAUCUCGAGGUUGUCCAGGAUUUAUCAACACCUUCAUUUUUGUGCUCGCUUCGACGCUUCGUUGCCACGAGAGGCAAACCCAAAACGAUUUGGUCAGACAAUGCAUCAAAUUUUGUGGGCGCAAAAAAUGAGUUGGAUGAAUUAAAGCAGAUGUUUUCGAGGCAAUCACAUCUAAAUGCCAUUCAUGAUCAAUGUCUUGAUGAUGGCAUUGAUUGGAAAUUUAUUCCACCCAGAUCCCCACAUUUUGGUGGCCUCUGGGAAGCGGCUGUAAAGUCUGCUAAAUUCCAUUUUUAUCGAGCAGUUGGCCUAAACAAACUUACUUUCGACGAGCUACGCACACUAGUCUGCCAAAUUUCUGCAAUCUUAAACUCUCGUCCAUUGUGCCCGCUCUCCGAGGACCCUGAGGACCUAGAUGUAUUGACGCCUGGCCAUUUUUUAGUGGGUGGUCCACUUAUUUCAAUACCCGAGCCGAAUAUGUCAUGGAUAAAUUUCGGUCGUCUCAACAGUUGGCAAAAGGUAUCGGAAUUGCAACAGAUUUUUUGGAGAAAGUGGAGUACGUCCUACCUAACGCUGCUACAAGAGAGAUCCAAAUGGCAGGCUCAAAGUGACAAUAUAUCUGUUGGUGCCAUGGUCGUAAUAAAAGAUGAAAAUUUGCCCCCACUAAAGUGGCAAAUGGGACGAGUGGAGGAAACUAUAAAGGGCGAAGACGGAAUAGUUCGAGUGGUGAAUGUUCGAACAAGUAGCGGAAUCUUUAAGCGAGCCAUAACCAAACUAGCCGUACUGCCGAUAAGUGAAUCAGUUGAAGCCCCAAGACCUUCAACGGGGGGAGGAUGUUAA